UAAAAAGCUAUGAGAGCCCAAUAUGCCUCCAAAGAAGAACCCAGCAGACUUUGCUGGUUCUUCGGGGAAUAAAAAACGGAAAGAGCCCCCACAAUCCUCCUCCAGCAAUCAGAAAGGCCCAGACAAAGGACGCGAUUUUAAGCGCGUCAAGGUCAAUGAUGCGCGAUCAAUCCUGAAGCAAACUUCAGAUGCAGCACUGAAGAACGGAGACUUGGACGUCCAGUCCUUCCUGAAAUCGCGCGAAUUCGAGAUCAAAGCUCUCCAAAAUGGCAUUAAGAAAUCAAAGGGCGGCCGAACAAGCAGGGCAUUUCAGCAAGUCCCGCGCGAUAUGCGGAGGAGGACUGCGAGUCACAAUGUCAAACGGGUUCCCAAGCGGUUACAGAAGAGAGCGGCGAAGGAGAUGAAGGAUGAUAAAACACCAACCGUUGAUCCAAGCAAAAGGAAGCCGAGAACCUCGAGAGGCAGGUUGCGAGCGGAAACAGCAAAACGUUUGGGGAUGUUGGCAGCCAAGAAGAAGGCCAUGAAAGGCAAGAGCGGAGACAAAGUUGCUGGUAUAGAAACAAGACCAGCACGGCCCAAAAUACGAAAGAACAAACUGAACGAACCUCCAAAGCCAAAGUCGAAAUUCAGGAAGCGCCAGAUUCAUAAGACUUGGUUACCGACUCAUAUGUGGCAUGCGAAGAGGGCGAGGAUGACGGAGCCAAAGAACCCUUUAUGGAGAUUUUCUAUCCCUUUAACGUCGACGGAGAAGUCCUAUCGGCCAACGCAUCGAGCCGGUGGAGCCAGAGGAGCGGUUGCUUGGGACAUGAGUUACAUGAGCACAAUUCAAUUAGAGGGCCCGACGACAAGCCUUGAGAAGCUGUUGAAAGCAAUGGGCGUUACGGAGAAAUGGCUCUGGGAAGAGAAAGGAACUAAGUGGAGACACGGCAAGAGAACUUGGAGUGGAUGGUUGAGCAGAAAUAUCACCGAUAAACCCGUACUCAUAGGUCCCUCAUCAAUUUUCUGGUGCCCUACGGACCAGCAGACCGGUGAUGAGCCAGCAAACAAAACCAAGAAGCCGCCCUCAUUCCGAGUUUUUGUCAGAAUUCAUCCUUCUGCCUUCCUCGAAACAUGGGCUGAAAUAUUUCGACUGUCAAAGCUUCAACGCCCCACGAUACAUAUUGAAGACCUCCGAUUCGAGAUUGGAAGCAUUGAUAUAACUGGACCUGGUUCUACGGAAACUUUACUAGGAAUUCUGCAUCCCUAUAAUCAAUCGGAAGAUAAUAUGGAGCCACAUGCUAAGACGUUCCGAUCCUUGGCUGGAGUCACAAAUCCCGGCUCCUUACCUUUGAAUUCAUUGUUGGCAUUUUCUAUCAUGGAUCCCCGACUUCGAUAUCCUCCCAGACCUGUAAAGAUGCCAAACACGAGCGACGAAGAAGCCAAUUUUGCUCUUUUCGACAUGCUGUCGGCCUGGCCCGUUGACUCCUCGACUGGCUCUCCAGCAUUGUUUGAUCGUGAUACUCGAUUUAAAGCAACGCGUCUUCCGGCACAGAAGUCAUUGAACCGGCGCAAGGCAUUGUCACAGCCAGGAGACUACCCUUCCAUCCAGGCCACUGAUUUUCCCAUACCUAUUAUGCUUCUAACAUCUCGCCCAGCGGCACCAUCUGCACAAGGAACCUGGACUCUUCUUGCACCUUGGAAAUGCAUCUUACCAAUCUGGUAUGGGUUAGUCCAUUACCCUCUCUUAUCUGGAGGCAAUCCACGAUUUGGAGGAUUACAAGAACUUCGUCAGAUACACUUUGAGCAGGGUGUGCCGUGGUUUCCAGUGGAUUUUCCUGGCACAAAGUCCGGAUUUAUUUGGGAAACAGAGGAGAGGGUGAAAAGGAAGAAGGAGUGGGAGAAACGACCUAAAGGCAAGCGGGUCGAAUGGGACUCCCUCGAUCUUGGCGAGGGCAGGAAGGGCGAAAUUGGCCAAGGUUGGGCAUGUGACUUUGAACGAGUACUUGGAGUUAUGUCUUUACCUGAUAGCGGCAAAUCUGUCGACACAAGUCAGGAUACACCAAAGACGCCAGAGAGCCCGCCCAAGGAAGCCCAAUUACCCAUUGAACAUGUCCACAAGGAUUUUUUCUCGUCGCUACUUUCAUCCCCAAAGUUGGAACUACCCUCUCCUUCCGCAGUUGCUACUGUCCGCAUUAUACUGACAUCUCGCGGCAUUGCGUCACCAUGCGCAAGAAUCUAUCGUUUGCCUCUAUCCAAAUCAUCACAAGAUUCUUCCAUGACCAGAAGUAAUGCUCAAGCGACGACCCGCGAACAGUGGCUGUCACUUCUGCCCUCGACAUCCAAUUCCAAGCCUCUGCCGAACCCAAACUCAAAAGCUGCCAAGAAUCUUGGACGAAUACCUUUAAACACCCCCCUUCCGCAACGAGUCCGUCUUCUUGCUCAGUCGCUGCUGCAGCAACCACCACUGCCUUACCCAGCGAAUAAAGAAGAGGGAGAUGGGAAUCCACUGGUACCUGAUGAAGAGGAUCUCAUUGGGUUUGUGACCACGGGAGAAUUCAAUCUCGCAGAAGGCAAAGGAGUCGCUGUCGGAACAGUUUUUUUGAGUAAAAUUAUAGAGGGCUUCAGAAGGGAUGGUAUGAAAGGGGGUAAGGAUGGAAGAUUGUGCAUUGUGAGAAAUGCUGGAGAAAAGAUCGGCCGUUUGGCAAGAUGGGAAGUCGUGUGAGUGUUUCUUCACCACUGUUAGAUUAUAUCGAAUCAAGAUACCCUUCCUACUGAUCAUUUGUGUUCUCGCUAUGCAUGCGGUGAUUGAAAGGGCUCGCUUGGUACCGUAUCUACUGUUGCAGGCAACUCGGUGCCAAAUUCAUGUUCCGAACAACAAAUACUCUCGCCGCAUUCAUUAAUCGAUCGAGCCUUAUAUUGAGCCUUUUUGUACCAGAUAUCGGCAUCUAAUUACGGUCCCAGCUGCUCGGUAUAUAAGUUCUGCUUUACCCAAUUGGUGCUAGCCGCUCCAAUGUCGACUGAAGCAACCCUGGGUCCUAACUGUUAUGAUUAUUCCUAUUUGGUACUAGGGGUUACGGUCUAAACUGCGAAAUAAAGGGAUAAGAUAUAGACUACCAUAUCGAAAUGGAC